UUUGGUAUCUGUUGAGAUCACCAACAUUUCCAUCACAAAAGAUAUUCCACUCGCCUUUCUGCAGCUAUGUCGUUUGAAGGGUUCGCAAGAGACGUCUUUGAAAGUUGGAGCGAUGUUGGUGUGGUUUACACAAGAAACAAAUACGGCCGAGUAGUUUCACCACCUGGCUUUUCGAUAGGCUGCAAGAACAGUAAUUCCUUCAAAAAUAAUGUCCCCAAAGGAGCAAAUUGUUCAUUUAUCAUUGAUAACAACAUCCAAAAUCCUCAAUCCUUGUUUCUUAUUUGCUUGGAUUUUGUUGCCAAAAACAUAUGUAUGGUGGAAUCAUUAGAAGGGUUUCCAGACAUUGUUGGGGAACAACUUUUCCAAAAAGUCCAAGAGAAUGAUGGAUUUGGAUCAGAUCCCAGGAAUAUGAGGAUAUUUUGUGAAGCGUAUGGUGAAUUGGUGUUAUCAAAGCUGUCACUUAGUUCAGCACAUGUCUUUACAAGUAACUAUUUGGAAUAUCUUCAACUGUUUGUAUGCCUGACAGAGCUUGAUGUCAGUCAUUGUCGUCUUGGAGAUACACAUGAGCUGUUAUCAUAUGUUGCUCAUUUACACAACUUGAAAAGCCUUAGUCUCAAAGAUAACUGUCUCUCUGAUGCUGGUGUGAGACACUUUACCUUACCUCGGCGCUUUUUCAAAAGUGGAUUUGGAAAGCUUUCAGUGUUGGAUUUAUCCUUGAAUCCAAAUAUAACAGAUGAAAGUGUGAAGCACAUAGCCAAGUUGCAUUCCUUGAGUGCUUUAAAUCUGUCAGGUACAAGAAUAUCAUUUGGUCAUGGAGUUCUGCAGCUUAUGAAAGACACAACCCUGUGUCUAGCACUAGAUCUUGAAGAGUUCAAGCAGGAGAAAGCCUUUACAGUUACUAAAGGAUGGGCUGUUGAGGUGAUAAGUGAUUGGAAAGAAAAAUCUAAAGUCUGCCCUGCAGAUGUAACAAUAGAUACACAGCUUAACAGGAAAACCACCAAGUUCUACAAAUCCUCAUGUCAUCACUUGGUCUGUAGGUCUACACCCAAGAACAAGUCCACAAGUGAACUUCCAAAAAUUAUGCUGUGUGCAAAAGAAAACAGGAUGCCUUGUUGUAGACCUUCACCAAUUCAGAAAAUGGCAACAAUACCUGGACAAGAUGGCAAGAACAAUUCUGCUAGAAAUGGGCAACCCAAAAAGAGGUUAAAAACAAGAGGAACAGCUUUUUCAUCAUCUGUUACGACUGAAGAAUGUUUAGAAGAUGGUGUCCUUAACAAUUAUUUGAAAUGUGAAAAACAGUGGAAGCCUGUAAAGAGGAAGUGUUCUCUUCUAGAAUCGUUAGAUCUUGUGUCAUAGGUAAGUGAACAAAGAAGUACUGAUAGUUAUAAGAAUAUUAGUUGUAGAUGUCUUUGUUUUGUGCUUUGUUCUUAGUUAAUGGUUUUAGUAUUAUAGCACUUCUUAGUUUUUUGUUUGUUUGUUUGUUUGUUCUUUUUUUACAGUAUAAAAAGCUUAUUUUGUAUUUCAUAGUUUAAGCCUUGCUUAAAGGGAGACUUUGUACAACAAUAAUUGUGAACUUUUUUUUUUAACAAAGUAUUGGUUGAUUGCUCUCUUUUGGUGAGGGUUGUAGGCAAUGAAAAGAUAGUAAAGCUGUGUUGUCCUUUUCAGGUAGUAAUUAAGUGGUAAAAUGUACUGUCUGUAGUACUUCUCAUUAGCACCUUAAUAACUCGGAUUUCUUGAAAAUUCAACUGGCAAAAGGGUUAUUCUACCAAUUGGCUUAAAAUAGGGAGAACGCUGAUUUCUUGGGAGGUGGGGAAGGGGGUUAGGAAUAUGUAGACAAGAAAAGAGUAGUAAAGUAAGUGAAAAAAGUCUUGUAAGUAGGUUUUUAAGUUGUCUUUUGCACACCUGUAGUUUGCUAAAGAGUCCUGCAGUGCACCAAAUUACAAAAACCUAAGUUGAAAUUUUGUU